GUCUGCAAAGAGUUCAUUCAAGCCAACCCGGUGCAAAUUAAGCAGGAGAGGUCCCAAAUUUGAGUUGAAGAUGAAGGUUCAAAUUCUGUCCAGAAAGUUUGUAAAACCAGCAACUCCAACUCCACCUCACCUUAGAAGUUUGAAAGUAUCAUCAAUAGAUCAACUCCAGCCUCCAAUACAUGCGGCCUUUAUUCUGUACUACCUUGCCAAUGGGGAUGAAAAUGGUGAUCACAGGAGCAAGCGUUUGGAGAAAUCACUUUCAGAAAUCCUAACCCUGUAUUACCCAGUAGCUGGGAGAUACAUCAGAGACAAGCAAAUGAUUGAUUGUAAUGAUGAAGGGGUGGAAUUCUUGGAAGCCCAAGUAAGUGGUCAACUUGCUCAACUUAUCCAAGGAGAAAAACUCGAGGAGUUGAAUCAUCUUCUUCCCCGUCCUAUUCAAUCAACAUCUACUCCUGUGGCACUUGUUCAAGUUAACAUGUUUGAGUGUGGUGGGCUAGCCAUGGUACUUCUCAUUUCGCAUAAUAUAGCAGAUGGAAUUGCAGCAACUUCGUUCCUCAAUGCAUGGGCUAAAGCAUGCCGAGCAGAAGGGAUUAAUGGAGCUGUUCAGCCAAGAUUUGACUUGGCUUCUUAUUUCCCACCCAGAGAGAAUGUACCUGCAAUGCAACCUAUGAAAUUUGGAGUUCCAAUCAUCACAAGAAGGUUUGUGUUCAAUGGGGCAGCAAUAUCAAGCCUAAAACAAAUUGCCAAAGGUGGUGAUAGUGAUUCUGAAUCAUUAUCAAAACACCAACCUUCACGAGUUGUGGUGGUGACAGCUUUUUUAUGGAAGGUUCUCAUUGCUGUGUCUAAAGCUAGACGUGGGAACUUAAGGCCCUCUAUUUUGUUUCAUUCAUUGAACCUGCGUGGGAGGACAGCUCUGCCAAUAUCGGAUGACUCUUUCGGGAACCUAUACAUGGUGGCCAAUGCUCGAUUUGGUGGAGACGGUGAUAGCAAGGUGGAGUUGCAUGAACUGGUGGGUUCGCUACAAAGCUCAAUAAGGGAUACGCUGGAUGAUUGUAUGAAACCACAAAAUGGGGAUGAUUUGGUUUCCAUGGUGACUAACUCCAUGAGAAAACUCCAAGAAGAACUUCAGAGUGGUGAGAUAGAUAUCUAUAAAUUCACUAGCUGGUGCAGGUUUCCUCUUUUUGAAGUAGAUUUUGGUUGGGGAAAGCCUAUUUGGGUGAGCAAUCAACCAAAAGUUGUUGAAAUGGUUAGUCUAACUGACACCAAAGAUGGUGAUGGAAUUGAGGCAUGGGUGGGCUUGGAUGAAAAAAACAUGUCUCUGUUUCAGAAUCAUCCAGAGGUUAAAGCCUUCACCUCCAAAUUCUAGCUACAUUGCUCAAUUUCUUGCUUCAUUUUAAUAUGUUGGGUUCAUGAAUAAACUUGAGGUUAUGUAUGAAUUUAAAUUCUCAUGGUCCAAGCGUAUGUGUUUGGUGAGAGAAUGAAAUAAGUACUUGAAUAUUUUGGGUCUUUAAACUUUGCCAGUUUUAUGAGGAAAAAAUAUAUUGUUGGUUCUUAAAAUUUACAAUUUGAGUGCUUUUAAUCUCUAA